GGGCACUCCGUUUAGAGGAGGACAGUAUAGGUCGGGUGUCGGCAACCCGCGGCUCCGGAGCCGCAUGCGGCUCUUUUUCACCUUUCCUGCGGCUCCGGAGCACACUGCCCACCAGUGGUCGGCAAGCCGCGGCUCUUUUAAUGCAGCUCUUCUGUGUGCCGGGUGCCCGCUGGCAAACAUUGGCUGUCAGGAUGUAGGCGGGGCAGCGUGACGAACUCCUCUCCUCUCACAGUCCGCCCUGAAGACCAGAACGGCGCGGGAACACGGCGAGAGGAA